AUGCAUUAUCUUGUCUUUUUUGACCUACUUUUCAAACCGCCAAUAACUCUUUCACCAAUUGAUCUCCCCACAUUUCCAGUCCAUAUUUCACUGUCCGUCAAGGUCUCCGCCACUCACUCUAUAGGCCCCCAUGUUCUCCCCAUUGACCACCCAGUUCGGCUCGCUUUGAUCUCCCACUCCGCAGAUACUACAAAAAUGGCGGCGAUCAUACGAACACUAUUCAAGAGCAAAAAAUCGAAAAAGGGAGAUGAGGAGAAUAACGAGGAUUUGGCUCGCGAAGUCUCCAAUCGCCGUUCAUUCCGUGCACCGAGCACCUCAUCCUCCAAAUCACAAAGACGAGCUGUUGCUCGCUUCGCCGACGAUGGAGCUCUUCCCGCCACUGCCGCCUAUCACACAACAUCAGCACCAAAACUUCGUAAAGGUCCUCAAAGCUGUCCGGGAGGUUAUCGUGACGAGUCAGAUGUGUCGUACGAGUCUGACAAGUAUUCACAGAAGAGCAAUUCACAUCGGAGGCGUGACGUGCUUCAUCAGUCGAUGCGACAAAACUACACGAUAGACGAAGGACGGAAACCGAGUAGCAGACGUCAUCAUAGCAGCAAAAGUGAUUUCCGUCGACGUGGUGAAUCUUCAGAAUACGGAAGUGGUGAUCCAUCACCGGUUGGACAAUACAGCAGUCGUCAUUCACAUUACGAGGACAGAAUUGAAGAAUCAGAAAAUGAUGAUUUCAGUGAAAAGGCUCAGUUUGCAGUCAUCGAGCGUGCUCAACAACAUUACAUGCAAAAGUACAAAGAGUCUGAACAAAAGCGACGGGAAGAAAAGAGAAAGUUGAAGGAUAUGGAGAAAGAGUGCAAUGAUGCCAAAAACGCCAUGUUCCACUAUAUGAAUCAGUUGGAUAAAGUGAAGAAGGAGCGGGAUUGCUAUAGAAAAGAGCUCAGUCGGUGCAAGAAGCAGCUCGAGGCUUUCCAGAAUUCCGGAUAUGAUGCAUUCCACCAUCUCCGUCAACCACAAAUAUCAAAUCCUCAGCAAUAUCCACCUCCAUUGAGCAUGGGCUCCUACCCUUAUAUGAGCCAAUCCAUGAAUGCUUCUCACCACAUGUCAUCUAACUUCAUGAAUAGUGCUCCACCAUCAAGCAACACACCGAUGACAAUGACAAGUGGAGCCGGAGAGUCAUUGAUAAAUCCGUCUGAUGUCAGCUUCCUUCAAAAUUCAUUCCUUCAACCAACUUCUCAAGGUCUUACGGGAAUGACUCCACCACCUGGAGGAUUCAAGGUGCCCACAAACUACGGAGAUGAUGAUCGAGAUGAAGUGAAAGACUAUCGUUCCGAACUUUUAAUCGAAACUUCAAGAAGUACUAAAGAAGUCGACAGCAUUUCUCCGUCAAGCUCUGCUGACAGCCAAGUGACUCUACUUGAUCAUUCCACAAUAGAUAAGGAGAAUCGGAAGCCACCGUCUCGUCCAUUCUCUAUGAUGUCGAUUUAA